UAUUUAAAGGGGACGCGGCGGCGGCCCGGGGUGGGGAUGGGGGGCAAGUGGAGAGAGCGGUCCAGAUGCACAUCAUCCACGGCCCCUCGGGAGUGGAGGGACUCGUGAGAGCCGGAGCCCAAGAAAUCCGGGGGCGGAUAAGACACCGCGUCCCCUUCAAUUCCCGUAAGCACCCCUUGCUCCAUCCUGCGCCCAAAUACCUCAGCUAGCCCCUCUCCCCACUCUUUACACUCCAAACUCAGCCGGGACAGACGUCUGCAGCCACCGCUCCCCACCCUGCAGGAGAAGCUCAGAGGUCCUGUUCCCCUUUCCUCUGAGGGACCCUUUUUGGUGACCACAAAAGGUUUUGAUCACUCAGGACAAAGCUAGCAGAGGAGCUCUGGACGACAGCUGGAGGCCAACAGUCCCUACAGGUGGUGCCCAGGGUGAUGUACUGACCAUGAGCGGGUGUUUUCCAGUUGCUGGCCUCCGAUGCCUAUCUAGGGUCUUGGAUGUGCCAGCGCCUCUGGCGGAGGCCCGCUAACCAGCCUCUCCCUGGCCGGCUCCCGCCGCGCCCCCUCUCGCUUGCUCCCUCCUCUCUCCCCUGCUCCCAGGACGGCGGGAUGGCUGCGCAGGGCGCACCGCGCUUCCUCCUGACCUUCGACUUUGACGAGACUAUCGUGGAUGAAAACAGCGAUGACUCCAUCGUGCGCGCCGCGCCGGGCCAGCGGCUGCCUGAGAGCCUGCGUGCCACCUACCGCGAGGGCUUCUACAACGAGUACAUGCAGCGCGUCUUCCAGUACCUGGGCGAGCAGGGCGUGCGGCCCCGGGACCUGCGCGCCAUCUACGAGGCCAUCCCCCUGUCGCCCGGCAUGGGCGAGCUGCUGCAGUUUGUGGCCAAGCAGGGCGCCUGCUUUGAGGUUAUUCUUAUCUCAGACGCCAACACCUUUGGCGUGGAGAGUGCGCUGCGCGCCGCCGGCCACCACGGCCUGUUCCGCCGCAUCUUCAGCAACCCGUCGGGGCCCGACGCUCGGGGGCUGCUGGCGCUGCGGCCCUUCCACGCGCACAGCUGCGCUCGCUGCCCCGCCAACAUGUGCAAGCACAAGGUGCUCAGCGACUACCUGCGCGAGCGGGCCCACGACGGCGUGCACUUCGAGCGCCUGUUCUACGUGGGCGACGGCGCCAACGACUUCUGCCCCAUGGGGGUGCUGGCAGGAGGCGACGUGGCCUUCCCGCGCCGGGGCUACCCCAUGCACCGCCUUAUCCAGGAGGCGCAGAAGGCCGAGCCCAGCUCCUUCUGCGCCAGGGUGGUGCCCUGGGAAACCGCCACCGAAGUGCGCCUCCAUCUGCAACAGGUGCUGAAGACGUGCUGAGGACGGGGCCUGCAGGGGGCACCCGGGCGGGGAGGGGGUGAGGGGGUGGGGGUCGGGAAAGACACACCUAGCUUUAUUACCCCCUUUCCCUUUCGCUUUGUUAUGAUCCUCCGGGAAUUUCCGGAAUCCUAGGUUCGUCCAUUUGGGGACUGAAAGAGGGAGUUCGGAGCUGUCCCCGUCUAUGCAGUUAACCCAGCUCUGCUGCCUCCCCCAGUUCCACUGCAAGCAAAUUCCGGAGUCUGCCGCACCCGGGUGGUGCGCAUACCUGAGCAGGCAGCAGCGUUUCCAAAAACCUGGUCCUCCCAGCUGGGAGGAAGGGGUUCCCUGGCGGGGUAGAACAUCUCCCGCUGCGUUGGUUUAGUUAAACCAACUAAACCUUUAACUAAAGGCUUAGUUAAACCUUGGGCUGCAUGACCUCCCACCCCCAGUCUUCUGUCAAGGGGACCCAGGCCCUGCACUCUCCACCACCCCUCCCCCGCACCGGACUCCCCGCGGAGAGGAGUGGCGCUCUCUGCCGAAGGUCCCAGGCCUAGAUCUUGUUUUACCUACUGUGACCCUACACUGUACUCCUGGCAUCCCUUCCCCCCCCCAACCCUGUCAGCAUCCCCACAGGAAAAAAAGCCAGAGGGCACAGACACCUCCUUGUGGUCGAAUGAGGUAGCACACUGUCCGGGGCUCGGGUCUGGCCAGCCAGGGACCUCACAGACCCCGAAGAUAUCUCCUCGCACCCCAGCCUCGUCUAUGCAGCAAGAAACCAGGGACUUAACCAAAGUUGCCCCGCCGACUGGGCCCUCUGCGUCCCCCUUCUCCCGUAUGGAACAGAAAGCCGUGAUGUUUUAAAGCAGAGCCAGCGGAAACCCAAGGCCCUCCUCCCUCUUUUGGUGUUUCAGAGCUAUAAAGGAGGUGAAGGGGC